AUUAGCUGAUUGUAUAUACUAUAUAUACCAUAUAUAUAUUCCAGAGCUUUGCGGUUUAUUUUCGGUUAAAGUUUUAAACUCAAAAGUCAACCUUUGACUUCCAUUACAUAAUAAAUAUAAGUAUUACAUUUUUGUUUCACUACUCGUUAACUUUCCAUGAUUUAUCAAGUGUUACUCUUUAGUUCUACAUUCCGUGUGAACGCUCGAUACUGUCAACCAUAGAUUUUAUUAUAUUAUAUAUUAACCUCAAGUAAUAUCAAUCAUCACAAUAUAUUGAUCAUGUAUUUGGGUUUUUAUUCAAUACCAGUCAUCCUAUUAUUAUUUUUUACUAGUUCCAUCAAAACUGAAACAAAUAUCGAAGAAGAAAAUGAUACCGCUAGAUAUAUAAUAGAAGGAAGGGCUUUUCCAAUAGCAGAAACACAAAACAAACCCAAUUGGCAAGCAACCACAAGAAUACACGUAAACGGGGGCGAAUAUAUAGGGUUUAUUAAAAAGGAUGGAUCCUUUACAAUUCAUAACGUACCUGCAGGCUCGUAUAUUGUUGAAGUUCUACACCCAGAGUAUACUUUUGAGCCCGCUAGAGUGGAAAUAAAUUCUAAAGGAAAGUUCAGAGCGAGAAAAGUGAAUCACAUCAAAACAUCCGAAGUUAUUGUUGUACCUUAUCCAUUAAGAAUGAAGGCUUUAGGAAAAACUAGAUACUUCCAAGUAAGGGAACAAUGGAGGGUAACUGAUCUUCUUUUCAAUCCAAUGAUUAUGAUGAUGGUUUUACCACUUCUUUUGAUAAUGGUCCUACCAAAAAUGAUGAAUGACCCAGAAACUAAAAAAGAAAUGGAGCAAAUUCAAAAUAUGGCCAAAUUUGAAAUGUCAGACUUUGUUUCCAAUUACUUAGCAAAAUCAUCAUCCUCACAGACUGAUAAAGAUAAAGUGCCAGCAGCAAUCAAAAAGAAUCAAAAAGCUAGGAAGAGGAUAGAAAAAUAAGUUUUUGGAAAUAUUUAAUUUAUUUAGUUUAAUUUGAUAACUGUAAAAUAAAAGUAAAUACAUAUUUUUCUUUUUUGCUUAGUUAUGUGAUAUAAUAAUGUGUGAAUCCAGUAUUCGUCUUUGACUCACUGUUACUUUCUCUGGUGAAUUUUAAAGAGCCAAAAGCUAAGAUAUUGCUUUAAAUUAUUGACAAAUCAACAGAGUUCAAUAUCAAACAGAAGGAAAUUUAACAAAUUUUUAUUUUAAAAUGACUGGGGUUAUUUAGACAAAAGUUUCACAACAGGUAUCAACGGAUUACUACAAGAAUAUUUUUUUAUAAAUGAACUGAACUUUUGCAAACAAAAUUUUAAUAGACAAGUCAUAUAAAUGAUAUUAUAAUAGAUUACAUAAUUUUACUACUAAAAAUUGAAGAUUAAAUGGAUAACAAUUUUUAACAUGUGUUUUUGUACAUAUUUUGCAAUUCUGAACCCGAAGAGCCAAAAAUUAGAAAGAAAAUAUUGAACUAUAUUUUUAAUUUCAUUUCAAAAACAAUUUUCAUUUUGAGAAGAAUCAGUUACUUACCAUUCCAAAAAUACUGUUAGAACGCAUCUCCGCCCUGGAACCGUUCCAGAUGAUAAUGUAAUUUUAAAAUUAUGCAAUGGCGCGCUGUCCCUUUGACAUACUUUGGAAUCCAUUUGAUAUUUGUUUUAGAUAAGUUUUCAUUAUAAUAGAUGGUUUUUUUCAAUAAUUUUCAAAAGAUAGAUAAAAACUAACGUUUCGACUAAGUCUUUAUCAUCUUUUCAUAAUGAUGAUACAUGAAGAUUAUAUUACCAAUAGUUAAAGAAAAUUUGAUAAAACCUUGGGGUUCUGAUUCCAAAACGAACGAUGCGCAUCAGCGCUCAAACGCAAACUUUAUGAAUUUUUUUGGCGUUAUUAAAAAUACUUGCAUCACAUUUUUUUGUUAAUAGAUUACUUCUCAAGAAUGCUUCUCAAUAGUUGAAGAAAAUUUUUUAUUUAAAUUAGCUAUACUUAUUCAAAAUUCAAAUUGCUUUCAUGAUAUUUUGAGGUAAAAAUAUCAAUUUUGUAAGAAUUACUUUGGAAUAAAUGAAAAAAAAAAUCAAAACUGUAAGGUCUUGGUCUUGCAUAAAUAUUGCACAACUAGUCUAAGUCUUUAAUUUUUUGCAAGACCAAGAUCACUAGUUGCACAUCAGCGCACAAACGUAAGGUCUAUAAUUUUUUUUUGCAUUAUAAAAAAUAUUUGCAUCACGAUGUUCUGUCAAUAGAUUCCUUAUUUGAGUAUCCUUUGCAGUAGUUGAAAAAAUUUUGGGGCUUCGAAUGAUGCGAAUCUUCAAACAUAAAGUUGAUGAACUUUUUUAAAUUAUAAGAAAUACUUAGAUCACAAUUUUCAAUUCAUUGUUUGCUUAUUAGUUGAAAUUUAUAUGGUAAUUAAAUACUUUUUUCUAUUUUUGGAGGCUUCAGUUCAGAAUCAUGAAAUAUAUACAAAAAUGCUUGUUUGAAAAUAGUUUAUCCACUUAAUCUUCAAUUUUUGGUAGUAAAAUUCUGUAGCUGAUUAUAAUAUCAUUAUCAAAAGUUUAGUUUAUUUUAUAAAAAAAUAUUUGUGGUAUAACCUUGGAUAACUUCAUAUGGGUUUUGAGAGAGCUACAAAAAAUCUACUAAAUUUCCUACAUAUCAUGCAAGAAUACCUAACAUUAAGUUAAAUUAUUAUUAACAAAUAUUGUCAAGAGUUCUUUGGUUCCUUUCUGUGAACUAAAAUCAUAUUUAAUUAGUGGCACUAUUUAUAAUUUCAAGUUAUAUUCCAGAUAAGAAACUUAAAAGAAAAAUAAAAUGAAUUUUUAUUUAAAACACCAAAUAAGAAACAAAUAAUUCAAAUUAUCCCAAAAAUGUUCAUGA